GCUGUUCACACUGAUCGCCCCUUUAGUGGUACUUACUUCUUCGAGGUGUUCUUGCCCCUUUUCCAUUCUGCAGUACCACUUAUGAAUUCUGGGUUUGAUAAAUUUCUUGCACACCCAGACCAGAAUCUCUCUGAUCAUCUGUUUUAAGUUUCUGGGUUCUGAGCAUUCUGCUUCUUUAACUAGGAUUGGCUUGAUAUUGGGGGUGAAAAAAGGUUUUUCCUUUUUCAGUUUCUUGGUGGAUGAUCUUAGGAGAUGAGUAAAUUUGUUACCCCGUCAAGAGCGUAAGGAUUUCUCCAAUUUGGGACAGCCAAAAUGAAGGAUUUUCCUGGAACACCGGGAACUUUGACUGGGCUUCUUUUGAGGAUUUUGCAGUGCCUUUUUGCAGCUGGGUCGAUUGCUUCCAUGGCUGCCACUUCUAACUUCUUCAAUUUUACAGCUUUCUGCUAUCUGAUUGCUUCAAUGGGUUUGCAAGUGAUUUGGAGCUUUGGUCUUGCAAUGUUGGAUGCAGUUGCCUUGGCAAAAAGGAAGGUCCUCCACAAUCCUGUUUUAGUCAGUCUCUUUGUUGUGGGAGACUGGGUGACGGGUACAUUGUCUCUAGCAGCAGCCUCUGCCUCAGCAGGCAUCGCUGUGCUGUACUUCAAUGACUUGGGAAGUUGCAAAUUUGGACAGGAAUGCCAAAAGUAUCAAUUGUCGGUUGCCUUGGCUGUCCUUGGUUGGAUAUCAAUUGCAAUAUCAUCCUUAAUUAUGCUUUGGCUAUUGGCUGCAGGGUAGAUUUACUAUUUGUUAUACUGUACAGGCUUGUUUGAUUUCUUCCUCCCUUAUGUAAUCCUACUAGUCUCAGAAAUUUUGAUCUUCUUGUGGUGUGCCUAUAGAAUAGGAUAGGCAAAAUUAAACGUAGUGUUAUAUAUACAAAGAUCACUCUCAUGAAUCAUUCCCUCGUCUAGAAUUUGAUUUUUGUUUCUUAUGGUAGCUUGAAUUAAACUUUGCUCCUCUGAAUUUGUGAGGCAAAAGAACUGCAACUAUUUAUAAUUUAGCAGAAGAAUGGUUAAUGAAUUGACACAGCGUGA